AUGGCAGAGAUGAACCUCACCUUGGUGACCGAGUUCCUCCUUAUUGCAUUCACUGAAUAUCCUGAAUGGGCACUCCCUCUCUUCCUCUUGUUUUUAUUUAUGUAUCUCAUCACUUUAUUGGGGAACUUAGGGAUGAUUAUUCUGGUCCGCAUGGAUCACCAGCUCCACACUCCGAUGUAUUUCCUUCUGAGUCACCUCGCUUUCAUGGACAUCUGCUACUCAUCUGUCACUGUCCCCCAGAUGCUGGCAGCGCUGCUGGAGCACGGGGCAGCUUUAUCCUACACACGCUGUGCUGCUCAGUUCUUUCUGUUCACCUUCUUUGGUUCCAUCGACUGCUACCUCUUGGCCCUCAUGGCCUAUGACCGCUACUUGGCUGUGUGCCAGCCCCUGCUUUAUGUCACCAUCAUGACACAGCAGGCCUGCUUGAGUCUUGUGGCUGGGGCUUACGUUGCUGGUCUCGUCAGUGCCUUGGUGCGGACAGUCUCAGCCUUCACUCUCUCCUUCUGCGGAACCAAUGAGAUUGACUUUAUUUUCUGUGACCUCCCUCCUCUGUUAAAGUUGACCUGUGGGGAGAGCUACACUCAGGAGGUGGUGAUUAUUGUGUUUGCCAUUUUUGUCAUCCCUGCCUCCAUGGUGGUGAUCUUGGUGUCCUACCUGUUUAUCAUCGUGGCCAUCAUGAGGAUCCCUGCUGGAAGCCGGGCCAAGACCUUCUCCACCUGCACCUCCCACCUCACUGCUGUGUCACUCUUCUUUGGUACCCUCAUCUUCAUGUACCUGAGAGGUAACUCGGGUCAGUCUUUGGAGAAGAAUCGGGUAGUGUCUGUGCUUUACACAGCAGUCAUCCCCAUGUUGAAUCCCCUCAUCUACAGCCUGAGGAACAAGGAAGUGAAGGAGGCCCUGAGAAAAAUUCUCAAUAGAGCCAAGUUGUCCUAA